CACAGGUUUCUUCCCUCCCGACGAGAUCAGACGAACGGAUCAUGAGUCAACCCCACACCAACAAUCAUUAUUGUUCGUACCUCGAGCUAGUAGGUUCAAACAAUUGGCGACAACCGUGGGGCUGAUUCACGUAUUCUAUUCAUCUGGUUUCUAAAGGAGAAGAUCUGUGAAAAGGAGAGAAUGGUGGAAGCAUUAAAAAAAAAAAAAAAAGCAAAGCAAGCAACGCGACGGGAGGAAGAAAUUGAUCCCGUCUGCGAUUCUCAGCACCUCCUGCUCUUUGAUCUUUGUCCUCUCAUCUCCAACUCUUCUUCUUCUUCUCUUCCUUUACUUCGUCUUCUCUCACUCUCCGGUCUCCCUCCAGUUCUCCGGUCAGCCAUGGCUUCCCUCAACGAUCUCGUUAACCUCAAUCUCUCCGACACCACCGAGAAGAUCAUCGCCGAGUACAUCUGGGUUGGUGGAUCUGGUAUGGACCUGAGGAGCAAAGCCAGGGCUCUGCCCAAGCCAGUGACCAAACCGUCUGAGCUACCAAAAUGGAACUACGACGCCAGCUCCACCAACCAAGCUCCCGGCGAUGACAGCAAAGUCAUCCUCUAUCCACAAGCGAUCUUCAAGGAUCCCUUCAGAAAGGGAAACAACAUCCUGGUCAUGUGCGAUACCUAUACCCCAGCCGGCGAGCCAAUCCCAACAACACAAGAGGGCCGCUGCUGCCAAGAUCUUCAGCCACCCAGAUGUUGAAGCCGAGGUCCCAUGGUAAUCAAUUUUCUCCAUUUUACCCUCGACUACUACAACCUCGCCGGACCGCGCCGGACCCCUCCGCCGCACAACUCCCCACCGAUCGCCAAGAGUGAUUCUGCCGCGAGCCCUGCUCCACCAAUACCCGUGCUCGCGGAGAAAAGAAAGGAGCCACUCGUCGCGGAGCACCGUUCGAAGCGCUGCCGCGCGUGCCGUCCGAAGCACCGCGCUCACCUCCGCCCAAAGAAGCUCCGCGCGGCGAUAAUUUGCGGGCGGGAGGGAGAAUGAACGCGAAGAAGAAGA